AAUUUUUACUGUCAGAGUUUAAUAAAUUCCCCACACAAACUUACUCUCUUUUUAUUUUAUUUUUCUUUACUCUUUUCUUUUUAUCAUGGAUAUUCAACAACUCUUUAGUGUCAGGGAUAAGGUUGUCUUGGUGACAGGUGGCUCUCGUGGUAUUGGUGAAAUGAUUGCUACUGGAUUUGUUCAAAGCGGUGCCAUUGUCUAUAUCAGUAGUCGUUCUGCUAAAGCGUGUGAUGAAGUUGCUGCUAAAUUAACAGCUUUGGGCCCUGGUAAAUGUAUUGCUUUGCCUGCUGAUUUACAAAGUGUUGAAGACAUCAAGAAACUUGUUGCUGAAUUAGGCAAACGCGAAGACCACUUGGAUGUGCUUAUUAACAAUGCUGGUGCUACCUGGGGUGCUCCUCUUGACCAAUAUCCCGAUGCUGCAUUCCAAAAAGUCAUGAACUUGAAUGUUACUCGUAUUUUUACUUUGACACAAGCUUGUCUCCCUCUUUUGAGAGCCAAGGCUACAAAGGAUGUUCCUUCUCGUGUGAUCAACAUUGGUUCUAUCAAUGGUGAAUCUCCUCCUGGUAUGGAAACCUAUGCUUAUUCUUCCUCUAAAGCUGCCGUUCAUCACUUGAGUCGUCACUUGGCUGGUAGACUCGGUCAAGAACAUAUCCUUGUGAAUGCCAUUGCUCCUGGCUCAUUUCCUUCCAAGAUGAUGGCCGCUACUUUGAAAGAAAGAGGCGAUAAGAUUGUUGCUGCUGUUCCUGUUGGAAGAGUAGGUACACCUGAAGACAUUGCUGGUACUUGUUUAUACCUUGCUUCUCGUGCUGGUCAAUACACUGUUGGAGCCCUUAUUACUGUAGAUGGUGGUGCUUUAGUUGGUUCAAGUAAAUUGUAAAUAAAUUCAUGCAGAACAGUGGAGUCUCUAUGUUGCGACGCAGCCUUAAAACGCCCUGAAUUAAAAAUAAGUUUUCGACCAAUGAACGGUGUGAAUAAAAAUACACUUUUUCCCUUUUU